AUGACCAAGACUGUUGAUGAAGCUAAGGUUCUUAUUGAGAAUCUUGCAGCUAGUGAUUGUAACAACUGUCCUGAUUAUGACCGCUCAAGCCGCACCACUACUAGCUCCCCUGAUUCUUUUCAAAUGACUGAACUCAAGAACAUGAUGGCUCAAGUUCUUAAGGGACAGCUCAAGCAUAUCAAUGCAAUAGAAGGGAUGAGUGAUGCUAAUGAAGACCCAUCAAGAGAAUGCAUGGGAGAUUUCUCUAAUGAAGCCAAUGAAGAAGAUGUGAACUACAUUGGAAACUAUGGGAACAAGGGAUACAAUCCAAGCUAUCGCCCAAACCCCAACAUGUCUUAUAGAAACCCCAAUGUGGAGAAUCCUCAAGACCAAGUGUAUCCUCCAAGGUAUCCACAACAACAAAGACCUCCUUACCAAUCUCAAGGAAGUCAAUUUCAGCCAAGGCAAGGAUAUGAGCAGAGAUCAUCAUAUCCGCCCAAGGAGCCAUAUGCUUCUUCACCAAAUCAAGCUCCUCCAAACCAACAAGGUGGAAGAUUUGAAGGAAUCCUCCAACAGAUCAUGGAUGGCCAGAAAAGGAAUAAAGAGAUGUAUGAGAAGAUGGACACUUUGUUCAGCAAUCUCAACACCAAGUAUGAUGCUGUUGCCACUCAUGUGAAGAAACUAGAGACUCAAGUCACCAAACUAUGGAAGCUGUUAAGAGACAGGAAGCUGAAUCCAAGAAGUCCUUUUGCAACUCAGCCGCCAUAG